AUGGCUCUACUACUGCACACUACACCAAAACUAACGCAUCAAUCGCAGGACAGUAAUCGCAGAUCAUUAUCGCCUUCAUCGUCAUCACCAACACAUAAGAGACAUAAUGAGAGCGUGGCACUACAUAGAAGUCACAAGGUGACUCCAGAGAAGAGAAGAGUGUGGUAUAAAAGAAAGAUAUUGACAUCGGACAUUGAUGAGGCUGAUGACACAGAGUAUACCGAAAUAGCAGAAGAUAAUGAUGAUGUUGAUGUUGAUGACUCGGACUCAACUGAAAAGACACCAUCACCAAGGAAAACAAUGCAACUACAACACCGGGAUUUCUUUGACUUUGUAUCCACUCCGAUCAACGCUAAUUCAACAGUGUCCUUUCUGUCACCAAUGAGGAUGUUGAAUGACUUGCAUUUAAAGUCACAAAUUGAUUAUGAUGAUGAUGAUGAUGCUGAGGAGGAGAAACCUGGACAUAUAUUUAUUGAAGCUACAAAUGACAUUGCUGAAACGGUACAUGAGGAUGUUGAUAUUGACGAUUAUGUACAUGACGGAAACUCCAUUGGUAAUAAGACGAUUUUUAACAAUUCGGAUGAAUCAGAUGAUGAUUUCCCCAUUUCACCACCAAAGUUUAUCAAUAAAAAGAAAAGAAUGCAUCUGGAUGCUAUUGGAUCGAGAAUGGUAACUCCCAUCAUGCAGCAAGAUUCGCACAUGUCUAUAUGCAACACCGCUAACACUUCCAAUAGUUCAACUUUCAAAUUAAGCUUUUCCACCAACGAUUCGACACCAUGUCCACCACAGCCGAAACGAAAGAAACUCAAAUUUAAACAUGCAUCUACUGCAACUAUACUAGAUUUGCAUUAUGCUCGCAAGACGUCGUUACAAGAACUACCGCAGAGGUCUGAACUACCCCUACAGUCAUUUGCAGAUGAUGAUGAUGAUGAUGACGACGUCGAUAAUGAUGAAAAAAAUGAGCCACAUUCAUUCGGUAAGAAUAACGACUUGGAGUCUACACCAAUAUCUCAAUCUACACCGACAUCACUGAGAGCAUCAACACCGCCACUACUACAACCUCAACCUCAACCUCAACCUCAACCGUCUAAUACUGAAUGCACCCAAGAGUACGGCCCCAAUAUAAAUGGUUAUAAAUUUGUAUACCCCAAAUCCAAAUCCGCCCAAUUCAGAUAUGAAACACCCGUCAAUCAAAAUCGCUAUACCCAAAUGCGUGAUUCAUACAAUCGACAAAAUUAUAGCGUGGUUGGGGAAUUGCCAGUUACAUCAGCGGGUAUGAUGGAUGAAGAAGGUGUUCAUGUGGGAGAUAAACGAAUCAAUGAUCCGUACCUUACACCACAAAUAGAACAUCUGGGGUUGGAACUGUGGAAUGAUAGAUUACGCGUCGAAUAUCACAAUAAACUAAAAUUGCCGUUGCUUCCGCCCCACUUUGACCAGGAUGAUCUUUCAACUGACCAGAUAUUACAUCUCAUUACUCAAGACUCUUUGAAACAAUUUUACAACAUGAUUAUUGAAGGACCAAUGUUGGAUCUAUUGAGACAAGAACGCAUCAAAUGGCAUCCUGAUAAAUGGGUCGGCAGGUUAAAACAGUACCCCGACACAAACAUAACUAUAUCGGUCAUUGACAGGCUAAGUCAAACGAUAAAUGCAUUAAUUGACAAUUACGAGUAA